AUGAGCGUCUCUAGCUCCUCAUCCUCCUCCUCCUCCACGCCGAUGUUCCCUCCUCUCGAGACCGACGAAGCUCGUCGUGUCUUCGAAUCCGCCAACCCGAGCCCUCCGGGAGCCCUGCAGUAUUUAAAGAACAACAUUCCGAUAUGGCAGAAGUCGACCUUCGGGAUCGAAGCGCGCGUGAAGUGGCUGCAGCAGCACCACUCGAAGUCUUUGGACUUUUUCAGUACUCGCGAGGAGUACAAAGCUUCGAUUGAUGAUGUGCUGGCUUGCGUAGGACAGAUCCGCAGCCGCCUAGAGUCUCGCGUUGCCUCUGUUCGGGGCAAAGAAGGCUGGACCGAUUGGGACUGGCAGAUUCCGAGGUCUCGUACGCCUGCUUUUUGGACGGAGUCUUUGUUAAAGAAGAUGGUGUCGCUGGCUAUCAUCACCACCCAGCGCGAGGAAGCGCUGAAUCUUGUGUCGUUGGAGGUUGCUGCUCGUCUGAAGGUUAGGGGUGCGUUGAGAGAUGUUCGAGUCUCGCCUUGUGAUAUUGGCAAGGUCGUUGAGACCUUGAAGAAGAGAUCUGCUGCUGCUGCUGCUGCUACUGUGGCCACAUCGGCCUCCUCCUCGACCGUCGCUGCCUCCGCCUCCGCCUCCACCGCCACCCAUGAUACUAGUGGACAAAGUCCACAACAAAGUCCAAGCAUCGAGCGAGGACGAGGACAAGAUCUCGACCCUCUGGAUGACCCUCCCAUGUCCGCCGAUGCUUCGAGUCUUCUGAAUCCUGGCAGUGAGCCUUCUUCCUUCUCCGCCGACCUACCUGGCAACAGUCCUUCUCUAGCGAAGAGGAGAGAUGGUCAGCCCCCAUCUGGACACUACUCUAGUCAGCAAGCACCGUCUACUCGGCCUACCAAGAGGCAGAAGAGGCAGAGCCCUCACCAUUCGCCAUCCCCCUCGCCUACGCCUCCGACUCCCCCACCACCUCCACCACCAUCAGGACCGCAAGCACCAAGCUGGGCUGUGGUCUUCGACCUGUUCGAGGCCCAACGUCUCUACGACGAGGCUCGUCUCGCCGCCGCCACGACCGACAACGAACGAGAGGCCGCAAGAGCCAAUCUCGAUGCCACUUUGACAUACCAGGCUUCACUGCCCGCGCACUUCCGCGUCCGCGGCGCUCAAGUCUAA